GCCAAAACAGUCCCUAGAGCUUACAGUCUAAAAAGACCUUGUCAAAGUGAAAAAGGACACUUAUAUUUUCCGUGUGAUUUCCUCUUCUAGACUUUGAGGUCCAGUUGGUUUAUUUGGGCAGGGCUAACAGGUGGGCAUAGGGAACUCAGAGCCUAGUGUUGCAAGAGGGAGACAAAUGGCAUCCCGUUCUCGAGGGUGCACAUCACUGCUGUUAGGUGUUACGUCACGGGUAGCCUGGCAGCUUCACUGGGAGUAGACAAAAGCGUUUUCUUUGUCUUGUCCUCUCCAGGGAUAUGAAAUUGGAUGGAGGAAGACAAUCUACUGGAGCUGUGAGCUUGAAAGAGAUCAUUGGCCUGGAAGGUGUAGAACUGGGAGCAGACGGCAAGACUGUUUCUUACACCCAGUUUCUGUUACCCACCAAUGCCUUUGGAGCCCGGAGAAACACCAUAGACUCCACCUCUUCCUUUUCCCAGUUUCGAAAUGCCAGCCAUCGUAGCCUUUCCAUAGGAAGGGCGAGCAGCAGUACCCAAGGGAGCCUCGACACAGGUAGUGACCUGGGAGAUUUCAUUGAUUAUGACCCAAAUCUUUUGGAUGAUCCCCAGUGGCCCUGUGGCAAGCACAAGCGAGUUUUAAUCUUUCCUUCAUACAUGACCACAGUCAUUGACUAUGUGAAGCCUUCAGAUCUCAAGAAAGACAUGAAUGAAACCUUCAAGGAGAAGUUUCCUCAUAUUAAAUUAACUCUCAGCAAAAUACGAAGUCUGAAGCGAGAGAUGAGGAAACUUGCUCUGGAAGAGUGUGGCUUCGAGGAACCUACCGUGGCAAUGGCCUUUGUCUACUUUGAGAAGCUGGCCCUCAAGGGGAAGCUAAACAAACAGAACCGGAAGCUUUGUGCUGGGGCGUGUGUGCUGCUAGCUGCCAAAAUUGGAAGUGACCUCAAAAAACAUGAAGUCAAGCACUUAAUUGACAAACUGGAAGAAAAGUUCCGGCUGAACCGACGAGAGCUGAUUGCCUUUGAAUUCCCAGUCUUAGUGGCCUUGGAAUUUGCUCUCCAUCUACCCGAGCACGAAGUCAUGCCCCACUACAGACGGCUGAUCCAGAAUUCCUAGCACAGGCUAGCCUCCUGGGGCAGGGGAAAAGACUGCUUCCUUUCAGGUCUGCGGGGCAGCCUUCACAACUAGAAAUGCAAACACAGAACUCCAAAUAUACCAAAUUGUUUUUUCAUCCGUCAUCGUUUUCUUCUGUCCCGUACACACAGACAAUUCAGGGACUCUUCUGUCAUGUUCAGCCUCCACGAACUCACUGUAGCUCCGGACUAGCUGGAGCAAAGCUGGGAGGACCGUGGUGGAGACGAUGGAGGCAAGCUGCAGUCGUCCCUGGGGGAAAAUGGGCUUUCAGGGACCAAGCGAGGAGUAUUCUGUUGCCCAUCUCAGCUAUUGAAACACAAGUAUCUUUUGCCAUCUCCAUUCCAGUCUUCCUUUCUGGUCAUCUGUCCAUCUUGCAACCCUGGUCCCGGACCUUCUCUCCUUUACUGCCUCCCUUGGGGGACUGUCCCAGCGUAGGGAGGGGGCGGUGGAAGGGAACGAGAAAGAGGACUUCUAGACGUGGGGGAAAAGCUUUUAAAAGAUACCUUCACUGUGUCAAAAAGAGUGUGCCAAUCUAUUUUUGUAUCUGCUCUUGGAAGUGCACUUUUCCCGGGGAGGGGAGGGGGGUCCCGGAAGCCGACGUCCAGUGGGCGAGCUCCCAUGCACAUGGAUGUGUGUGUUUCUGUCUCUGUGCGUGUGUGUUUGGACGCUACAUUCCUGCUCUCCGAACAUUCUAAUAGUUUACAGAGAGGCGAGCGGGUGACCUGCCUGACUUUCUCUGAGGAUUUCUUGAAAACGUAACCAUUUGGGAUAAGCGAACACAAGAUAGAUUGCCCGUAACGGUUCAGUUUCCCAUCCAGGCGCUUUUUUUUGCCUUUUCCAAGAUGGCGCUUUUGGCUUCUUUGACCAUAAGAGACAAGUCAGCAGCAAACCAUCUGCUCUAGUAACGUAUCUUUGUCGUCCGGUCAUUUUUCAGACACGUUCUGCUUUAGGGACCCCCAUUGGGAGUUUUCCUGGCAAAGAUACUGAAGCGGCUUGCCGUUUCUUUCUCCGAUUCAUUUUGCAGGUGAGGAAACUGAGGCAAACGGUUAAGCUAGUGCCACGCCGCCGCCUUCAGCACUGUUUGCUGGAAAGCUAAACUAGCCAGCAGCGAUUGGGGCUUUCCCCGAUCUCUUUCUGAAGUCCUGCGUUCCCCCAUUGCCUAUGGAGGUUCCAGCCCUGAACGCCUCCCACCCGGGAGAUGGUCAGACUGGCGCCCUGUCGCGUUGUAUUUCUGUGCUCUAUGUUAGAGUGCUUCCCGAGCACACUGGCUGUGCUCUCUGUGAAACUGUUUUACACGGAUGCAGAGGACAGACGAGUAAACUCGUGUAAAGGCUGUCUCGGAGCUUUGAGAGCCCAGACCAACUAAAGGAGGAAGCUUAAGACUGAGUUGGUGGAAGUAGGCAUUUGCUUUGGGGUUUUUUGAUUUUUGUUUUUUAAUUUAUUACCACGUCAUCCAGGAGUUCUUUUUCAGGCUGAAUUUUCACAGUUCCAUUCCAGCCACAAAGGCAGCUUGUCCCGAAGAGCUUGGGGGAAUGAACCAGAGGUCCAUGGCCGUUCUCUCCUACAUCCCAGGGCAGCCUGUGGGUGCCGGAGGAUUAAAGAACGCUUUCCAGGGGCAUGUAAGGAAAGAAUCAUAAAAUAUUGAUUACGAUCUGUAGGGGUGUCUAGAUGCACCUAUGUCUGACCCACACCUCUUCCCAGUGCGCUGCAGAUUCAUCUGGCCUUUGGGCCCAAGACCUUGACAAUCUAGGUUCUGGUUAAGCGAGACAGAGAACCUAGAAUGGGAGGCGGUGGGGUGUGUGAGGAGAAGCAGGAUCCACGCUGAACUUUUAUGUGCUAGAGACUGAAAACAUAGGAGUCUCAGAGCCACCACAGAUGUGGCGGAGAGGCAAAUGGUGGGCACCUGUUGGCUCCCCCAGGCUGGGUCAUUUUCUCCCUCUCACAAGAGUCCUCAUCAGGAAGCCCGGCAGACAAAGCAGGGAGGAAGAUACUCCCAUCUGACCAUCAGAUCUUUGUUGAGCUGAGUUGAUCCUGUCUAGUUUAAGGGCACAGAAUGUCUCAAGAAUCAUCAUCCUGUGGUUCCUGGAGUAUAGACUUUCUAACCUAGUUAUCCUGGCCCAAAGAGAAGGCAUUGAACAUGUCUGUCAGUAAAAAGACCCUUGCCUCAAAAUUUCUGGUGUUAAGCUUGGAGGCCAAAACAAUCUAUCCUUCUGGGAUGACAAUCUGAGUUGGGCCAUCUCUCCGCCUCCCUCCUGAAUGUCUUGCUCUUGGAAGUAGCCCGGGGCAGGGUGAGCUGUUUCCCUCCUAAGUAGGGAGGGCCCUGCCACCUCAAAAUGUCUCAGAGGUCACCCUGCAUUCAUUCUCUUCCCAGCUCCUCAGCUUGACAGGCAGACAGAACAGUGGUGUAAACCCAACCACCCAAGCCCGACUGGGAAAGCCGGUCCAACCCCUCAUUAACCGAGGCCUGCACUCUUUCUCUUUAACAACCUACUAAUCUAUGGAACAUUUGCACGGUUUAUUUGCUUUUUGGCACUUGAAGGAUGGAGAAAAAUCGGGUCUCUUUUAAAGAAUAAUUGGAUAUCAGAAGUCUUUAGUAUAUUCUGCCUUAUCAUUUGGUUUCAUUUCAAUUGGUGGAUGAUUUUUUUUUUAAGCAGGGGAAGGAGGGAAUUGGGCUGGGAAAGAAAAACCUUUUUAAUAAGAGAACCUCAAUAUAAUGAAAGCCUAUCACUACUUUUAUAGAUCAUCUUGGAGAGGAGUCUUAUGGGAUGGAAGGGGGAGGAGAUAAAGAAUAGAAGUUGCUGCCAGAGCCACCCUGAGGCAAAUGGCUGGGAUUUGGGGGAGAUGGGCUGCAGGAAAGUGGUUUCUCUCAGGAAGGAAGCCAGGUAGGUGAGAAAGAAGAGAGGAGAGGAGAGGAAGACUUGUGUCUUCUAGCGGGUGCUAAAAAAAGACUUGAGGCUCAUACACAGAUGAAAAGUCACCCAUCCACACCGCAAGUUACACUAUUAAGACAAAGCUUUCACGCACCCCCAAGCUGUCCCAGGUAUAGAUUUUAGCCUGGGUUUGCCCAUCUAAAAAUAUCUCUGUUGAGAGACUUACAAUGAAAUUGGUUCCAGCCUUUGCCUUAUCCUCCAGGGAUGGACCUAGCUGCCAUCCUGCUGCAGGGUUGGUUCUAUCCCCAAGUGACCAAAAUGAUCCCGUAGAGAACCCUCAGCUCAGAGUCAAGAAGCAACUUUAUUCAUGGCCCAAAUAACGAAGUGACUUGUUGGCUUAUGGGAAAAUUCCCAUUCACAUAGGAAGCUAAGCCAUACAGACACGUGAGGGAGCUGCCACUUUCAGGGCUUGGGUAGCCGGGGACACGGAUCGGGACGGUCCCGUCUUUGACAUUCUCACCUUACGGUUGGGCGGCAUUAUCCCUGGCCUUUGUCAUCGGGCUUCUGCGCAGCAUCCCGGGACCGCGAGUCCCCCCAUGCGUUCUCCUCACUGUCAGAGCACAAGGCCAGGCCAGUCCAGGGAUGCUGGGGCCACUCUUCCCUCCUCUCACCAUCCCGUGACAUCCUAUGCUAAAAGCAACAGGAAACCAAUUCCCAAAUGGAAGAGAUGAUUGUUUUCCUUGGCCUUUUAUGGUCAGAGAGUAAAUAGACCCUGGUUUUUGUUUCAUUCCCCACAAGACAGUCUAGGGGCAGGCGCCGGAUUGGGAAACGUUGCUGUGUACCAUAAGCUGUACCUUACCACGUUUUGGCUUUGCAGGGUGGGAGGGAGGGAGGCUGAAGCUGCUUUCCCUCUUGUAACAAUAAAUAAAAUUGUUCAGUACUAAACAUUGAUUGUGACUGAGUUCUCUGUUGUGACUGAAUUCUUUUCUCUUUCUCUGAAAUGGUUACAGUUUGAUGCGCAAAAAGUUCUUCAGUUAACACUGGCUUUGAGGGGCCAUUUCCACUUUUCUU